AUGGGUGAUCAGGUUAGGUUCAACAACCCGAAUGCAAAGCGUCCCCAUUUCUCCACAGGGCUAGUGGGCGAUGACAAUGCCAUAGCAAGACACGGCAUCCAUGGAUUGUAUAGCUUGUAUACUGUUGUCGUCGAUAGUAAUCAUUUGAGAAAAGGAAUAAACAUCAUCUAUUUGACACAGUCAUUUGCCAAAAGUUCACUUGAAGGAGUUAUGUAUGAUUAUAUUCGCUUAGAAAUGUUAUCUAAUGAGAGUUUUGAUUUUGAAACUGGGCAAAAAGACCUGUUACAAGCUAGCCAUGGGGGCAAUGAAAAAGAGUUUAUUGGGUAG